GGCGAUUAUGCCUAUUAAGCCGAGCUCUACCAGCCAUUUGUUAUUAUAAGAAAACCUGCUCUCUCUUGCCUAUCACUCACAUAAUUUUCCGAGAGGUGGUGGAGAGGUAGCCACCAGAAUAUAUUUUCAACCCGAAGCUGCAUAGAGGUAAAUAAAAAAGGCUGAUAGGAACGAUGACGACCACCACUCAACGUCUUGUAGAUUACUACCACUGGGCCAUUGGUAACGGUGACCCAAAAACUGAGGAAUGGCCACUUGUAGCCACACCUUGGCCAACCAUCUCUCUAGUGGCGAUGUACCUGUUCAUCGUGAAGGUCGGACCCAAAGUGAUGGAGAAUAGGAAGGCCUACGAACUACGAGAAAUUCUCGUAGUUUACAACUUCGCACUUGUGCUUCUGUCCGGAUGGAUGAUGUAUGAAUUCAUCGCCGCUGUUAUGGAUAUACCCAAUUUCAAUCUUCUCUGUGAUGCUGUGCCUUACGUACGUGACGAUGCAAGACAAAACCGGCUGGCUCGAGUUUGCUACGUAUAUUGGAUGUCAAAGUUUGUGGAGUAUUUUGACACUUUUUUCUUUAUUCUCCGCAAGAAGAACAACCAAGUGUCAUUCCUGCACGUAUAUCACCACGCCAGCAUGUGUGUGCUCUGGUGGAUGGUGUGUAAAUGGGUACCCGGUGGUGUCUCUUACUUCGGUGCUACAUGCAAUAGCUUUGUUCACGUGAUCAUGUAUGCUUAUUAUGGUCUGUCUGCGAUCGGUCCUCAAAUGCGGCCUUACCUUUGGUGGAAGCGUUACAUUACCAAGCUUCAACUGACGCAAUUCGCCGUGGUCAUAGUGUCUGGCUUUUUUUCCUUGCUGGACCACGGUUGUAAAUAUCCAACUUGGGCGAAAUGGGUCAUGGUGUUUUACACCUUCAUUAUGAUGGGAUUGUUCACCAACUUUUACAUAAAAACCUACCUGCAAAAUAGGAGUAAUAAAGAGAGCGGCAAAAAGAAAGCGUAGACUGGACUGGCGUGACUGGAUACCGGAAUGGACGAGCAAAUGUCACUCAAAUUAAUUAUUUUUGUAUGUAAAUUUUGGAUAUUUAAUUUCUUAUUUAACGGUGAUGGGUUGACAAAGUUGAAGAAUAAUUAUCAGGGAAACUGAAUGGAAGAAAGACAGAAUUUGUUUUGGGCAAACCAUUUUACAUUUUUGAAGUCGUAGCAGUAGAAAACCCUAUGAAUGAACAAAGAAUGAUAUCUUUUACAUAAAAUAUUUUAUUAUGCGACCCGUACAGCCUCGCACGUGCCUUUAAUAAAAAAAUUUCGUUAAAAAAUCCUCGCAAGAGGGCCGUACGUGGUGGUGCCGUUAAGCAGGGCCGUACAAAACCAUACAACCCAGGCAGAUGCGAGCUUAAAUAAUUGGCUCUCGGUCAUGACGCACGAACCUGGCUGCGCUCGGACCGUACGUCAUGACCAUGAGGAAAAUAUUUUCCCGUUCGACCCCUUAACUCAGUCAAUAAGUACGUAGUUACACAUUUAUUGUACUUCCAUACAGUGUAAACGAUAUUCGUGUUUUUUCGGAUCGCAAGGUGUAUGUAAAAUUAAUUUACGAUAAGUUUGAUGUUUGCAAAAAAAAAAAAGUACGAAGCCCCGAUAUAAAAACGUUUCUCUUUUUUUCUUUCUUUUUACCUUGAAACUUCUAUUACCGGAAUAACAUGCAGAAAACCGGCCUAUCCAAUUGCAGGAAACGACCAAUAUUUUCUGAAUUUUUUGUCGUUUUUGCUUGCGUUAGUUCUAAAAGCCGAUUGUUAGAAGUGUAUGAAGUUGAAACCAUUGAAUAAAGAGGGAAGGUUUCUAAAGAAA